UCAAUUUUAGUAUGGGAUGGCGUUGAUCCCUGAUGACAUUCUCCUUAGAAAAAUAAUUAAAGGAAAAUGUGAGGAAUAAUGGAACACAUGGAAGCAAGACUUCCUAGAUAGAAAAGAGGAAAAGAGUAUCAAGUGUGAGAAUGGAAAAUCCAAGAGGAGGAUCAGUGGACCACUUCCCAUAUUUAUUUCAGUGUGGAUUAGGAAGUGCUCAAUGAAUAUGUAACAAAGCAUAGUUAAUUCACAUUGGAUGUGAUGGCAAUGACAACACCUUCUGGGUGUGUUGACUUCAACCCAAGCUUUUGUAAAUGAAUUUGACUCUGUGCCAAAUGUUAAUGAGAUUCCCCUGAACAAAGGCAGCAUGGCUAGGUCAAGAGUCUGCCCACAAAUAUCAGAGUUUAACCCUGUGUCUGAUGACACAAUAUCCAUACAUCAUUUAUAUUUCUUAGAUGUGAAUAUGCUUGGAAUGCUACAGAAUAAAAUAGAAAUGGAAAGAAUCCACCAAUCACCACCUGAAAGAGAUUCCAAAAGGAUAAUUCCUAGGAAUUUUAUAGCCAAAUUCCAAAAUUCACAGGCCAAAGAGAAAAUAUUGCAAGUAGCCAAAAGGAAAUAAUUCAAAUAUCAUGGAGCCAACGGUCAGAUUUAGCAAGCUCUCUACAUUAAACAAAAUUUACCAAUUUAUACAUUAAAGGAUCAGAGAACCUGGGUUGUAAUAUUCUAGAGAGCAAAGGAGCUAGGACUUCAAUCAAGAAUUACUUACCCAGCCAAACUGAUCAUAAUCCUUCAGGAGAAAAAAUGGGUAUUUAAUGAAAUAGAGGACUCAACUAAAUUCAUCUACUUUCUGUCCAAACCCUCCCCUCUUCCAAACUUCUUUAUUAGUUCCAAGGGCAAUACUAUCCUAUUUUACUCAGAUAUGCAACUUGGGUGCCAUCUUUAAUUCCUAACUCUCUUUCAUUCCCUACAUCCAAUCUGUUGCCAAGGCCUUGUGGCAGGCAGAGAUGAAAUGACUAAGGAAACAAAAGUUUGAUCUUCUGAGCAUAUUGAUUUAUUGAGCAAUGUGUCACAAUUGUCUAACAAACUGGGACCAGGCUCCUCAGCUUAGAGUUGGACCCCAAAUACAGAGGAGUCAGACUUUUAUGCAUUAAAAAUUAAUCAAACAAGGCCUAUUAAUUAAAAGGAAAUAAUGCUACAGUAAGUAAUCUGAUUUCUAAUUGGAGGAAAGAUUAGGGACUUUCCAAGUUGGAAGAGGAGAGUGAGCAGAUACAAUUUCCUGAAUUCAGAAAAAGAGGUGUCCCACUCCUCCCAAGUAUCUGAAAACAAUAGAAGGAAAAUGGAAAUAAUAACUGAUUGAUCAAUAUGGAGACAACUUUCAGAUAAAGUAUAUGGGUUGCGGUCUUUUGCCUUCAACUGGCUCUUGGAGGAACUCUGGCUGAGUACUGCUUCUAUUAGGACUACCACCUGGGUAUAUCUCCAUGAAUAACUUAAAUGACCCUCCACAUUGGAAUAUCCGGCCUAAUUUGAGGGCAGAGGGUGGUGAUGGAAGCAGAUGGAAUUAUGCUCUUCUGGUUCCCAUGCUGGGAUUAGCUGCUUUUCGUUGGAUUUGGUCAGAGUCUCAGAAAGAAAUAGAAAAGGAAAAACAAGCAUAUUACCAGAAAACAGUUGCUUUCCAGCAGGAUCUUGAAGCUAAAUACCAUGAUAUUAUCUCAGAAAACCGUCGUGCAGUGGCUCAUUUGUCUUUGGAGCUUGAAAAGGAACAUAAUAGAACAACUAGCUAUCCUGAAGCCCUCAUCUUUCAGAGUCGAAAAUUAGUAGAAGAAAGGAAACUUCUGGAACAAGAACGGGCACAGGUAAUGCAAGAAAAGCAGCAGCUACAGCCCUUGAAAAGUGUAUGUCAAUACUACUUAGACAAGGAAGAAAAUUGGCAUAAAAAGGCUACCCAUUUGCUGAGAGAAUUUGAAGAAGCACUUAUAGAACGACAGAAUAUCUACUGUAGUCUGGUUCUUCCUCGAACCUGGCACCUGGAAAUCGAGAAAAGGUUUUUGGUUCAAGCAUCCAUCAAUCCAGUUGCUUCUGACGUAGAGAUGGUAUCUGGUUUAACAGAUAUAUUUAAGCAUGACACAUAUUGUGGAGAUAUGUGGAAUUCCAACAAAUGCCAAAAUGGAAGACUCAUGUGGCUCUAUCUCAAAUACUGGGAAUUAAUUGUUGAAUUGAAAAAGUUUCAGAAAGUGGAGAAAUCCAUAUUAGAAAAUUUAAAAAAGCAUGGAAAAAAACUUCUUUUAUUGACUAUGAGUUUCCCUUAUGCCAGGUUUCCAGGUUCCCAAGAAAAUCAACUUAUCAAUGUCAAGCACCAGAAAAGGGUUUACCCAAGCCGAUAUUGA